AUGUCUACUAUGUUUGUGGAGCAAGGGUCGGUGAUGGACACUACCAUUGGUUCCUUCAAAAUUCCUGCAGCCUCUCUUUCAACUUUCGAUACCAUCAGUGUUAUUGUGUGGGUACCAGUCUAUGAUAGAGUCAUUGUUCCAAUUGCAAGGAGGUUUACUGGAAAGGAGAGGGGAUUCUCCGAAUUACAGCGAAUGGGAAUUGGCCUUUUCCUUUCAGUGUUGUGCAUGUCAGCUGCUGCUAUUGUUGAGAUCAAGCGUCUACAACUUGCAAGAGACCUUGAUUUAGUGGAUGAAGCUGUUGCAGUACCUCUCAGUAUCUUUUGGCAGAUUCCUCAAUAUUUUAUAUUGGGAGCAGCUGAGAUAUUUACAUUCAUUGGGCAGCUUGAGUUCUUUUAUGAUCAAUCACCCGAUGCCAUGCGUAGCUUGUGUAGUGCGUUGUCGCUGAUGACUACUUCUUUGGGGAAUUACCUGAGCUCUUUCAUACUGACUCUAGUAACAUCCAUAACAACUCAAGGUGGCAAACCUGGAUGGAUUCCAAACAACUUGAACAGUGGGCAUCUCGAUUAUUUCUUCUGGCUCUUGGCUGCACUUAGCUUCUGCAACUUAGUAAUCUAUGUUUUCUGUGCCAAAAUGUAUAAAUCCAAGAGGGCAUCCUAA